UGGGUAAAUGAACUCGUGGCAGGUCAACACCGACUCCCUAGCUUGCUCAACUUUUACACCAAUAUAUUUAACUGGUGUUCUGUUUGUGUUGUUACUCAUUGAUUUCUAGCGCUGGUCCCAAUUCUUUGGUAGGAUUGUUAUGUGCUAAAAGGUCACAAAAAGGUCAACAACAACAUGGCAGCCUCCAGUGAAACGUGUUUUGAUGGUGGAAUGUUGUCACAUAACAACGUCAAAAAUGCCGGUGUCAGCACAAGAUACAUUGAUGAUGUGAAGGGUAAAGGUGUGUUCGCAGCAACAGAUUUCACUACAGGUAACACCCUCUUCACUGAAGACCCAUUGGUCAGUGCGCAAUUUCUCUGGAAUGAAACCUAUCGUUACACAGCUUGUGAGUUCUGCAUGCGCUCAAUGGAAACAGCGCAGGAGAUGGCGCAGAGGUUGACUGGGAACUCGGCCUUGGUACUGCCUCAUCCCGAAUGCUGUACAGUGAAGAGAGAGGAGCAUACAGUGUGUCCACAGUGUCUGAUUCCGUAUUGCGGUGUUGAGUGCCGUGAUCAAGCGAGGGCGCAGUACCAUCAGGUUCUUUGCGUAGGUCAAGCUCCACCCGCUCCUGAACACCCUCUGGUCAUCCUCAAGGAAGCCUGGAAAACGAUGCACUAUCCACCGGAGACAGCCAGUAUCACUCUUGUUAUGAAGAUGAUUGCAACCAUCAAACAAGCAAGGAAUAAAGACUUGGUACUCUCUGCCUUCAGCCAGUUUUGUCAGAAAACAAGAAACGAAGAGCAGCAACUUGCGCAUAAAUUACUUGGCAGCCAAUUCCAGGACCAGUUAGACACUUUGCAGUCCCUUCUGGCUGGAACGCUUUAUGAAGACUGCAUCAAUCAGUGGUUCACAGCGGAAGGGCUAAGGUCACUGUUUGCUUUGAUUGGAAUGAAUGGUCAAGGAGUAGGGACAAGUUCAUUGAGUGUUUAUGUUCAUAACUGUGAUGCCUUGGAUAUAUCGCAUGAUGACAGACAAUCCUUGGACGCAUUCAUUGACCAGCUGUAUGUCGACAUUGAACAAGAAUCGGGUACAUUUCUCAACUGUGAAGGUUCAGCCUUGUACCAGUUGCAAAGCCGCUGUAAUCACAGUUGUCGUCCCAAUGCAGAGGUACAAUUUAAUGCUAACAACUCAACGUUAUCAGUGGUAGCCCUGACGGACAUCAACAAAAGCGAAGAAAUUUGUAUAUGCUACUUGGAUGAAUGCAGUAGAGAAAGAAGCCGACAUUCUCGUCAAAAAAUUCUCAGGGAGAACUACCUUUUUCUUUGUGGAUGUGUGAAGUGUUUGGAGCAGUACAAUGAUGCAGAACAAACCUCAAGUGAAGAGGAGGAGGAGGAGGAGGCAGAUAUGCAAGAUGGGGGAGGGGGAGCAGCUAUGGAUACGUAACUAUAACACUCUGACUACAGAUGUUAGAACAACCCACCCAUACCCCAAAAUGCCACAGCAAUGGUAUUUCAGCACACGCACAGUGAUGUAGAGAGUGGAGCCAUACCCCAAAGUGCUUCGAUAAGAGUGGUAAACUGAAGAAACCACCAGCUAUAUAUGCUUACUUUGCAUUGUUUGUUACCUCGUGAACAGAAAACAACACAAAUGAAGCAUGACAUUGAGGCUCUACACGCCAUGUUUGGUGUGCUUGACGACACGGCCACGACUACCAGUACACAUAGCUUGCAUAACUUGAUACAUUACCACAGUAAUUUGGGCCCCAGUCUCUGCAGGUAUAGAUACCACCUCGGCUGCACCAGCAAGCUCACCAACUCAAGAAGAAAACAAAGUCUACUUUCCUGGAAGAACCAUUUUAAACAACAGGGGGUUAGCAAUUUGACAGGGUUUUAGUUGAAGUUACAUGUACCAUAACUUACCUAGGCCCAAUUUCAUAGAGCUGCUAAGCACAAACAUUUGCUUAGCAUGAAAUUUCUUUCUUGAUAAU